CCGGAAGUCAGGUGCGUGAUAAAUUGAAUGCGGAAGGAAUUUGACAGAAAUAUUUAAGUUAAUAAACAUCAAGGAGUUGUGAUUGACCCUUGGACUGUUAAUGGUUAAAGCGUCAGCAGUGUUCAGUUUAGGAUCAACAUGUCACUUAUCAAUGAUGGUGACCAUGCAGCAGAGUGCUUGGAUCAUCUUCAAACCCUUCUAUGGGAAUCUGGGGACCACAGCCAGGACGACAAUGUGAGCUCUCUGAUCUGUAUGCUCCAGAGCCCUCUGUUUAGGCAGCUUCUGGUACUGCAGGACUCCAUUGAAGAGCUAAAACAGGUUCAUGAGAGCGGUGGCCUUGAGGGACACGAUGUAGAUUUUCUACCGGAACUUCAGCUCACCCCAGUUGGCCAUACAAACCCCGUUUUUGAAGCAGAGAUACCUCACACCAGCAUGCUGCCUUACCAGUCAACCCCUGCGUACAACGAUGAGUUCCAGCGCGUGAUCGAGGCAGCUGGUGCGGGACGAGAGAUUGAGACAAUGAAGCUGUUCAAGCCAGAAAAACAGUCCCUCGGGUUCAGUGUAGUCGCCAACCCAGGCGAUCCGGCCAUAUAUGUACAGGAUAUCCAGCCUGGCGGGAUUGCUGAAAGACAUGGUCGUUUGCGGGAAAGGGACCAGUUGCUUGCCAUCGAUGGACAGCCACUAGACGUUUCUCACCAGGAGGCGAUACGCAUUCUGCAGCAGACGGGAGGCAUCGUCGAGAUCGUUGUCGCCCGGGGGCCACACCCCUCGGCAACCGUUGCCCCCGACGACCAGCCAGACUCCCUCGACCAGCAGCCAGCCUCGUUACAGAAUAACUCUGAGGCAGAUAUGUUGAAUACAGAAUGGACACAGAUUGAAGUUAUUGACCUGAUCAACGAUGGCACUGGACUUGGCUUUGGUAUAAUCGGGGGUCGUAGCACUGGUGUUGUUGUCAAAACCAUCUUACCUGGUGGCGUGGCCCAUGUGGAUGGCCGUCUCCAUAGCGGGGAUCACAUACUGCAGAUAGGGGAUGUUGAUGUUCGCGGGUUCGCCUCGGAGCAAGUAGCCCAGGUGUUGCGUCAGGCAGGCAGCCAUGUCAGACUUAUUGUCGCCAGGCCCAUCAAUGAGCCAAGUGGAUUACCGACUCCUGAAGCUCCGAUCGUUCCAACAAUACAGCUUGAUGAACAUAUGGAACAGAUAGUAUCGAUGUUGGAGAAACGAGAUCAGAUGAUGAUUGAGAAACAGUCUGAGAUGAACCAACAACAGCAGGACAUGAUGCACAAUGUGGAACUUCAUGGGCCUCCAUACCGAGGUGAGGACGUCCCACCACCAUACAGGGAUGAGGUGCAGCCGGAGGUCGUGUAUUUUGAUGUGACGCUGGGGAAGGAUUCCCAUCAGGGCCUCGGUAUAACCAUCGCGGGCUACAUUGGCAAGGACAAUAACCCAGGAGACCUAUGUGGUAUCUUUGUGAAGAGCAUCACACCGGGAAGCGCAGCACAUCAAGACGGACAGAUACAGGUCAACGAUCAAAUCAUUGAGGUUGAUGGUAAGCCUCUACAGGGCUACACCAACCACCAGGCCGUGGAGGUUUUACGGAACACUGGGCACGAGGUGAAGUUGAAGUUGGCGCGAUACCUGCAUGGCGCCAAGUUUGAGCAACUACAACACUACCUAACUGAUCCCCCUAGCCAGCCAGCACACCAGACUUCAACAGUUCCAGUGACGUCAAGCCCAAGGUCAGAGAACAACUCUUCCCCACCCACUCAGCAUGCAGUGGUCACCGGGGUGGUGGAACUGGAGGAUGUCUCACUACAGGCAGUCUCAGAUGAUAUGGACGCAGAGCUAACGUCUGAGAUUGAGGCAGCAAUCCGAUCAUGCUGGGAGCCGAUCAUUGGGGAAGAAUUUGAUAUUGUGGUGGCUCAGCUGUCCAAGUUCAAAGAAGGGAGCGGGCUUGGAAUCAGCCUCGAAGGAACUGUGGAUGUCGAGAAUGGGGUAGAGGUGCGUCCACAUCAUUACAUUCGCGCAAUCCUUCCAGACGGCCCCGUUGGCGUAAAUGGGCGACUGCAUGGCGGGGACGAACUGCUGGAGGUGAAUGGGAAAAGACUUUUGGGUCUAAAUCACAAAGAAGUCGUAGGAAUCCUCAAACAGCUUCCACAGAAUGUUCGCCUUGUUUGUGCACGUCGUAAGGAAAUGCCUAAUGAUAACUAUGCAGAAGAGUUCGAGACACCACCUCUCAACCCCAGUGUCGGCGAAGUGAGUUUGGAAAGGCUCGUGAAAUCAAAAUCAGACAAUGCGCUAUCGGAGACUAUGAAUCAGAGUAAUUUAUCGGGUAAAAAAUCGCGGUCGCUAGAGCCGCUAAGUGGAUUAGCUAUGUGGAGUGAGGAGCCUAUGGUGAUAGAACUCAGGAAGGGUUACAAGGGGCUUGGAUUUAGCAUACUGGACUAUCAGGACCCAGUUAAUCCUGGUGAGACAGUGAUCGUGAUUCGUAGUCUUGUUCCUGGAGGUGUGGCCCAGAUGGAUGGGCGACUGGUUCCAGGGGACCGACUCAUGUUUGUCAACGAUGUCAACCUGGAAAGUGCGACGCUGGAUGAAGCCGUGCAGGCGUUGAAAGGGGCAGAGAAGGGCGUCGUCCAGAUAGGGGUAGCAAAACCCCUGCCGCUCAGUGGGGGAUUCCCUGAGGUUCCCGUGGAGGAAGAAUUAGAGAAUAUGUUUGAUUCAGAGAUUAGCGCUGACACCAAUAUAGCCACAUAUGCCACCCAACCCAUGCAUGAAUCCGUUUCGCACAGCACGAGUCACAAUUAUAUGAACUUGCAAGACCUUGAAGAAAGUAAUAGUCUUCCAGCAUUAGCCGGCAUCGUACGCCACCAGCAAUCAUCAUUGUCAUCUUCAAGCUCCGAAAGCGAUUCUGAGGAUCGUGUUCCGGAAAUGAUUGAGCAGAAAGUGUCACCAAGUCAUGCACGCACAGAGAGCAGCGACAGUUUUUAUGAGUCUGAUAAAGAGGAACUCUCAUUUUCAACCUCGAUGAAUGAAAGUGGGGCCAGACCUGCUAAACCUGAAAAACCUGCCUUGAAGGAAAAGCCGCAGAUUAAGAGACCCGUCCCACAGCCGAGGAAGCAAGACUCUGUCACGUCGUAUGAGAAUGAAGACGCAAUACAGCUCCUCAAAGAGCAUGAGGAAGCUAUAAAAGCCAGUCAAGCAAGCUUAAGUGAAUCUCCUCUGCCUGUUGCUAGUGAGCUAGAACUUAGUUACGACUACGACAGCUCAACACUUCCUUCUAUGGAAGUCAAACAAAGGGAGACAACUACUAUGCAGCGGGGCGAAUCACCGGAAAUGUUUCUGUAUGAGAACACCUCAUUAGCUCCCUUGCCUUCAUAUGAAGAGGCCGUGUCAGGGGAUGCAGAAUUUUUCAACAUGGAUGAUCUCGAGGCCCCACCUGUUCCGGCCCGUGGAGAUUCAAAUAUGGUGAUGACUCAGAAAUCAGGGUCAGAUAGCUCUUCAUCAGAUGAGACUAACAGGCCCCAGCCCUCUCCAAGAAAGAUAACUUCUUCUGAGAAGACUACAGGCAGGUCUCGUUCUCGACCCCCUGUACCCCCCAAACCUAAGUCCCCGGGUAAGGGGUCACCAGGGGUCAAGGAUGCGCCACCCCCACUUCCUGUCUCCUCCCCUCCCCAUAUGUCUGCACUGGAUGAGGAUACAAAGGAUCUAUUGAAUUGGAUGGAUAAGACAUCUCCAACCGUGUCAGAUCGUGCCCCGUCCAGUGACCAGUCUACAGUGUUAGAAGUGGACUUGUCAGACAGACAGACAGACGUUCUCAAUAUCUCCUCCUCCUCAGACCAGUUCAACACAAGUGACCUUAAGGCAGUAUCAGCAUCAUCGUCAUCCACACCUCGCACAGCUUCACCAGGCAUAUCUCCGAUCACAUCUCCAAGUUUGCUCCGAUCGUUCUCCGGACCUGAUGCAUUCCCUCCGAAUCUGGAGAAACGGAUCACCCUCAAACGAUCUCAUAACAACUUAGGUAUGACCGUAGAAUCUACAGACAAGGGAAUCAACGGCUGUAUGGUAAAGGCGCUCACUAAAACAGGGGCUGUGUACAAGGAUGGGCAGAUCCAGGUUGGGGACUAUAUCAUGUCGAUCAACAACGAAAGCAUGCGACGCAUCACCAACACGCAGGCUCGUGUGAUUCUCCGUAGGGCAUCGCUCAUGGGAAGCACCGAUAUCAGUAUCAACUAUGUGACAGCAGCUGAUGGGGCAGCUCACAAGGAGAUUGUAGCAGGCCGACCUCCGGAGAGCCCAAAUAGCCCACAUAUGAUGCCUUCACCAAAGAUAUUUCCAAAGUAUUAUCGCUCAACCCUGAGCCCCGCUAGCAAGCAUACCGGCAGCACGACAUCAGAAGGUAGUAACCAUAGUAACCAUUCAUCACCUAUGUCAUCGCCACGGAAACUCGCCACCACAUCUCCGAUCACUUCCCCUUUCAAAACAUCACCUCUCUCAAGUCCAGGAAGGACAUCAUCUCUUCCUGACUCGUCUGGACUAGGCAGCCAAAGUCCGAGAUCAACCCCACCCGAGGUAUCCCCUCGACAGAAGGAGACCAUAGUUGUUGGACCAGGGAACCAGACAUGGGGUCCACCCAGGCUUGUAGAGUUGUACAGAGAACAAGGAAAAACUCUCGGAAUCAGCAUUGUUGGAGGGCGUGUGGACAUGUUCCAUGUAUCCGAGGAGCACAUGAUCUCAGGAAUCUUCAUCAAACACGUUUUAGAAGACAGUCCCGCAGGACGCAAUGGAACGCUCAAAACUGGCGACAGGAUAUUAACGGUUGAUGGUAAGGACCUUCGUAAUGCGACGCACGACCAAGCGGUGGAAACUAUUCGACAUGCCAGUAACCCUGUUAAGUUUGUCGUCCAGAGUCUUACUGACCCUGCCUGUCCUCGCGAUCUUGAACAAGACACCAAGUCUGUACAAUCUUACGAUGAGGCAUCCCAAGUAGGCCUCCCUCAAUCAGCCCCACCCCCUGUGCCGGUGGAUGAGGCCCCCAUCCAGACCAGCUCACCUGUACCCCCAACAGAGGCCCCACCCCUAACCACUCAAUCCCAUGGGGGUCACAGAGCAGCAUCCCCAUCCGAUGAACAUGUGGACGAAUAUGGGUACUCACUCGAGCGUAUCCAGCGUCGCUAUGGUGACCUGAACGGGGAGUUGUUAUUGGUGGAACUGACACGAGGGUCUGGCGGGCUCGGAAUCAGUCUUGCAGGCAACAAGGAUCGCAACACGAUGAGCGUGUUUGUGGCGGGAAUACAGCCCGAGAGUGCCGCCGCACAUGAUGGAAAUAUCAUGGUCGGAGAUGAGCUACUGGAGGUGAAUGGAAAUGUCCUGUAUGGGAGGAGCCACCUAAAUGCCUCGGCAAUUAUUAAAGGCAUCACCACACAAGUCAUCAAGUUUGUUCUCUUACGGCGUGAUGACAACCUGGAAAGAAUGGCGGUCAAGCCGUUAAAGGUCACCUCCCCCAUAUUAAAACAUGAUCUGCCCCAUGAGCAGAAGCAGUCAAGCCCGCUGCUCUCAGAGCCCGCCACAUUAAACCCCACCCCCUCAGAAGAGAAGCCUACCCCCACACUGCUCACAGCCACCCACGAUGUGAUACAGGUCAUCUCGCUCAACAAGGGACCAAACGGGUUAGGGUUUGCGAUUGUAGAAGAGACACAGGAUGGUCGCCCCGGGAUCUAUGUGCGCAGCAUUACAGUGGGGGGCGUUGCAGCUAAAGAUGGGCGCCUCACGGUUGGAGACCAGCUUCUUGAAGUGCAGGAUAAAAACCUACAGGAUGUGCAUUAUGAUAAGGCCAUUGAGAUACUACGCAAUAUGCAAGGAACAGUACGAUUAAAAGUGAGAAAGUGUGAUGAAGAUGGUGCCCUUCAUGCUCAAAAUAAUAUCCAAGGGCAAGUCACUCUACCUAACCCUCCAGGUGAAUCAUCCACUGAUGGUUCAACAGCCAAUCAGACGGCAGAUUCCGGGUCACAUGACCCCCUCACAUGUCCAAUCAUUCCCGGCCAGGAAAUGCGCAUUACCAUAGAGAAGGGUCGUACAGGAUUGGGUCUUAGUAUUGUGGGUGGGGCAGACACGCUGUUGGGAGCAAUCAUCAUUCAUGAGGUGUACGAGGACGGAGCCGCUGCCCGGGAUGGUCGGCUCUGGGCCGGGGACCAGAUUCUAGAGGUGAAUCAUGAAAAUCUAAGGGAGGCAACUCACGACUAUGCAAUUCAAGUUCUUCGCCAGACCCCACCAUCUGUUGACAUGCUGGUAUUCCGUGAUGACUCUCAUGUGAAGGAGGAGGACAUUUACGACAUCUUCACUGUGGACCUUAUCAAAAAGCCCGGCAGAGGGCUAGGACUGAGUAUUGUUGGGAAGCGUAAUGAUGUUGGUGUGUACAUAUCGGACAUUGUGAAGGGCGGGGCCGCGGAGUCUGAUGGUCGCCUCAUGCAAGGGGAUCAGAUACUCACAGUGAAUGGGGAAGAUAUGAGGAACGCUACACAGGAAUAUGCUGCUGCCGUGCUCAAGACAACAAUGGGUAAAGUGGCAUUGACUGUUGGUCGAUUGAAAGCAGGUUCCCGCACUUCCUCGCGUAAAAACUCCAACAACGCAGGAUCGGGUCUGCGCAAAUCAGAGUCAACAGCAAGCAACAAGUCACGUGGGGGUCGACACUCCAAAAUGGCAUCUCCUGAUUCUGAUAUAGAAAACAGUGAAGAUAUAAGUCACAUCCGUGUUAUAGAGCUUGAACACGAUGCUAACGGCUCUCUUGGGCUCAGUAUAGCCGGCGGAGUCGGUUCAUCACUUGGAGACACGCCCAUCAUUGUUGCCAACCUUACAUCUGGCGGUCCUGCAGAGAGAUCUCGUAAACUAAAAGUUGGAGACAGGAUCCUGAGUGUGAAUGGUGUGAGUACGGAGAAGAUGGACCAUGACCAGGUGGUCAGCCUGCUCAAGUCCUCCCAGCCUCCUAUUACCCUCCAGGUCACACAGGGAGAGCAGACGCAGGUGAGUGUGAGUGGGCGUUCUUCAUCAACCAGGGGCUCAACAAGGGGAACAGCAUCUGACACUACAAAACUCACUCCAUCCAGCCCGCAGGACAACAAUGUCUUUGAGGACGAUGAUGUGCCACCGCAAUACAAGACAAUAGUCCUAGAACGAGGUGUAGACGGCCUGGGGUUCAGUAUUGUCGGCGGCCAUGGAAGCCCACACGGGGAUCUCCCUAUAUACGUGAAAAAUGUGUUCUCCAAGGGAGCUGCGUCUGAAAAUGGCCAGCUCAAACGCGGUGAUCAGAUUCUGUCCGUGAACGGCGCCAGUCUUGAGGGUCUCACACAUGAGGAGGCAGUGAACAUUUUGAAAAAUGCAAAAGGCUCUGUGAUAAUGAAUGUGUUGUCCUAGCAACCAGACAUUUCUUGUGGAGAUGAAUAAAUAUUUAAGGAAUAUGAAGUGAAAAAUGAUGUUUGUUUUAUGAAAAACUGGAGAUAACCUCUUCUUUUUUAAUUUACCACAAAAAGACUCAUUGUUUUUUAUGGUUAAAAUUGCAAUCAAGAUGUUUGAAAAUGAAAUUAUGCAUUUGUCUUUUGUAUGGUUUCAUUGUUACGAUUAUUUUUUAUUUUUAAUUGGCUCACGUUUGUAAAUUGUUGAUAUUAAACAUUUUUCUCAAGUUAGUUUCCUCUUUUGCUAAAAGCUCUUUGCAUCAAAGGUCGUCUGAUGAUCUUUAUAAUUCAUUUCAAAAGUAUAUUAUAAUGUCCACUGAAAGUUGUAAAUAAUUUUACAUUGUGACGUCAUAGCAAACAUAUAGACUUUAAUAAAUAAACUAUAGUUUGUAGAAUUGCGACAAAUAAUAAUCGCGAAUAUCUUAGAUAAACUACUGAAACUAGAUAGGUAAUAAAAAAAUUGUUAAGGGGGUUUUGAGAAUUCAUUAUGAUGAUUUUUAUUAUAUAGACCGUAGAAAACCUUAUUAUUUUCAGUGUAUAUUGUUUAUAUUUUCCGUGGUUUUAAUGUUUGAUGUUUUUUCGUAUUUUUAUAUCAAUUUUCCAAGGUUGUGACAUAAGCAAUAUUUGUUGUAUAAAUCUCUGCUACAGUCGAUAAUUAUCUUCCUUGAUGUGGUUGCGUUGCGUUUGUUAGAUUUUGAUUAAUAAAACUUGUGAUUUGUUUUCAUUGUACAAAAAAGUUUAUUUACGACACUUUCUUAUUUAAUUGGGGUCGAUCAUUGAAUUUUUUUAUUGAAUUAGAUUUUAUUUUUUCUAUAUCGUUCAUGGCAAAUAUUUAUUUGUAACUAUGUUGAGUUAUCAUAAAAAUAUUGGGUAAGAGAUCUUUUGUUAAUAUAAUGAAAAUUGGCUUAAUUAUUUAGUGACCAAGUUUUGUCAAUUUUUCGGGAAAAAAUGUUUUCACAAUAUUAAUCAGUAAGGAAGCCUUUUACCCAUUCUUUUUAAAUAUUUAUAUCUCUGAAAUUUGACUUUUAAUUUACUCAAAAUAAAUUAUUUAUAUUACGUUCAAAAAUAUAAAAUAUUCAAGAAACAUAUUCUGUCAUUACGGUAUACAUGUAGAUCACUGGGCUUACUUAAAUUAAGUUAAGCCAAUUUGGACGGGGUUUUAUAUGUAAACAAGAGACAUAUGAGGUGUUCAGUCAUUUAAACAGCAAUUUUUAUCUUUGUGUUCUCCGAUCAACGUUUUGCCUGUCACUUGUCAGAUUUGAAGCAUUCCAUAUACACUAUUGAAGUGAAAGGAGUUCGGAUAGUAUCUGUAUGAGUUGGCCUACAUGUUAAAAUUAUGAAAAAAACCUCAUCUGAAAUCAUAUUCUUUACAUGAAUGUAUUUCAAGAGUUCAAUAAAUUAUGUUGUUUUCUUAAAAUUUCAAACUUCAAGCUCUCCAAAAUCAGAAUUACUUGAACAAUUCAAAUAUUCCAAAAUAUUGUUUUACUAUAAAGACACAUGUUAAUGUUCUGUAACCCCAAAAAUAACAAAGUUCCUCUUAAAUACUGAAAUAUUCCUUAUUGGAAAAUAGGACAAUCCCUAAUUUAAUUAUUCAAGAUACUGUACCUCAUCCUAAACUUCACAUAAAAAUGUAGACUAUUCUGUUAAUUGUUACUUUUAAAAAUAAUGUGAAACUAUCCUUUUUACUUGAUGUCUGCCGAUAAAAGAGAAACUUGAUUAGAUAAUAUUUAUCUUACACUGUCAAUAACCAUUUUUAUGUAAUUAUGUAUAAUUUAGAGCUCUUGCAUUUAACUAUAUUUUCAUUUUAAACAAAUACAUGUGUAUGUAAUAAUUGGCCAGCUGUAUCCUUUUAUGUAAAGUCCCUUGUAAGUAUCUUAUAAUAGGAUUAAACUAAGGUCGCUAUUUCUGUUUUGGUAUAAUUUGUAUAGUAUCUCACUCUAAAUAUGAGCUUUUGGACUUAAAAAAGAAAUUGUCUUUAUGAUUCACUCAAUAUACUUAUUUUUAUUAAGUAAAAGAAGAAUUAAGUAAGAAACUUGGCUUAAUGAAACAAAGUACAUAUAAUUAAGCUUGUUACUCUAAAGAAAUUUUAGAAAUAUGGACGUGGUUGAAAUUGAAAACUCUUUGGGUUGCCAAUUGGAUUAGAUUCGGGUCAUGUGUGCUUCGUCUGAUGGGAUCUGCCAAUACAAUUACACUUGAGUCAGAUUUGAAACUCUGUUGAAUCAGUCAUGCUUGAAUCAAUUUUGUAUUUUUGGUACAACUCUUGCAUCAAGUUUGUUUCGGGAGUUGUUAUGAUCUAAAACAUGGCCAUUUAUGAUUGUUUGCUUAACAUUCCAUUACACUUAUAUUUAUGUUAAUUUUGAUGUUAUCUGAACAACGCAGGUAUGCUUUGAUCAAAAAGAGGGAUGAUCCAAAAUAAACAGGAUUGUUCUAAUAUAAAAUAUACAGUAUAAUAAUAUACAUCAAAAUAUACAUUAUCAAGAGGCAGGGAGUAUCUGCUACAAACACUAAAUAUUGUAUGGCAAUGGUGUGUAUGGUGCAAAUGUUACAGUGGUCCGAACAGGGGCACUAUAUAUUAAAGGGCACCCGGCAAACAGUUUAUAUAUUGUUAUAUUGUUACACUUAACAACUCAAUAUUUUAAUCAGCAAGCCAGUCCAGGUAAUUUUGGAUCACCCCUUGUAUAACCUCUGUUACAAGAAUCAGUUUUAUGCUAAAUUUUCAGAUUGUAAUGUUUCAGCCAUUUUUAGCUUGUCUGUUAUAAGAAAAAAAAGUAGAGGUACUGUGAUAGCAAUUUGUGUUGUUGACCACAGCAUCGUGCACAAAUUAACUUUGGCAAGAAUUUGAAGAAACUAAUGUGAAAGAUAUUCAAAUGAAACUUGGAUUAUAAUUCUCACAUGUAAAUCAAGGCCAAUAACUUUUAUAAAUGUUGAGGUAUGUCCCUUGUUUGACUGAAAUAAAAAACAGACGGGCAUUGGCGUUUGCUCCAUGGCGCUCUUGCUAUUGGUAUAUUAUCUGUACUUGUUUCAAAACCCUGAAAUCAAACCCUGUUUUCAUGUUCAUUACUUUCCAUUAAUACUGUUGAUUGAUAUGUUAACUAUUUGUUAAAUCUAUUAUAGGUAAACUAAUUAUUCUUAAUCACAUUUAUAAUAAAUGAAAAACUAUG